AUGUUCGUCAAGUCCGAGACCUUGGAGCUGAAGGAGGAGGAGGACGUCCUGGUGCUGCUCGGCUCGGCCUCCCCUGCCUCUGCGGCCCUGACCCCGCUGUCGUCCAGCGCCGACGAGGAGGAAGAGCGCGGCGCCAAGACCGCCGAGACGGUGCAACGCAUCAAGAAGACCCGUCGACUGAAGGCCAACAACCGCGAGCGCAACCGCAUGCACAACCUCAACGCGGCGCUGGACGCCCUGCGCGAGGUGCUGCCCACGUUCCCCGAGGAUGCCAAGCUCACCAAGAUCGAGACCCUGCGCUUCGCCCACAACUACAUCUGGGCGCUCACCGAGACCUUGCGCCUGGCGGAUCACUGCGGCGGCGGCGGCGGGGGCCUGCCGGGGGCGCUCUUCUCCGAGGCGGUGAUGCUGAGUCCGGGGGUCGCUAGCGCCGCGCUGAGCAGCAGCGGAGACAGCCCCUCGCCCGCCUCCACGUGGAGCUGCACCAACAGCCCCGCGCCGUCCUCCUCCGCGUCCUCCAACUCCACCUCCCCUUACAGCUGCACUUUAUCGCCGGCCAGCCCCGCCGGGUCAGACAUGGACUACUGGCAGCCCCCACCUCCCGACAAGCACCGCUACGCACCUCACCUCCCCAUAGCCAGGGAUUGUAUCUAGAGCUGCCAUCUCUGCUACCCACGCCAGGCCUUAGGAGAUCCACUUUCCGCCCCCAGCCGAGCCCUACUCCCUUCCUCUGUCCUCACUUUCAACGCCCUGUAAACGAUCUCACUUCCCAGAGCAGAUGCAGCCGUUCUGAUUCCUAGGUUCGUUGCGUUUCUUGCUUGUGGGUUUCCUUCAUUCAGACGGGCUCUGAUUUUUAUCGAAGGCGUGAUGGAGCUUAUUGUCAAAAAGAAAGGUGGCGUUCUGGGGGCGUUUAUUGAGACUAGAAAGACGCUGGGAAGAGAUGACGGUGGCGUAGCUAAAGAGUUUGCAGAGCGGACUGACGCUCCUCCCCUUUCUCAGCAACGCCGGAGGACUCGGUGCGGUUCGUGUGAAUCUCCCAGGGAGAAUGCAACUGGUUCCUGUGAUCUCGUCACCUUUGCUUCUGCAUAGAGAUGUUAAUGUCGAGUAGAAAGAAAUGUAUCUUAGCAUCUGAAUGAUUUUACUGGUAAUAAUAUUAUCCACAGAUUUGCAAUGGCUGGCAUCUGCUUUAUUCCCAUUGCUGUCUGCAGGCUGUGGGAAUUUCACCUGUCAAACCAAACUUUCCCCCUCUGAUGUGCACUUUGUUCUGUUUCCCAGAUUCGUCACAAUGCCUAUUGUCCCGUCCUUCUCUUUCCUUUUUCUUCCCCAUUUUGCCAUCUGUCUCUUAUGAUUUAUAAGGGGAAAAAAACUUGUUUUGUUAGAGGGGCAGGUUAGAAGUCAUUGUAUAAUUUGUAGGCUUUGUAAUGAUUGAAUGCAAGCGUGGAAAUUUAGGCUGAACUCUCUAUCAAAAGGAAAAAUGUGGAGGAAAAGGGAAAAAUCAGGAGGGAGGAUUGCUUCAUGCAUUAUUUAUCUCGACCUUUUAGGGGAGAAGGAACUCCCCUAUUCUUUCAAGAGAUUAAAAAUAAAUCAACAGUCUGAAAACCGAAGCAGACACGGAGCAUUAUCGGGAUCAGCCACACACGUGUUCCCUUCUAUUUAUUAUAAAGAAAUUUUUCAUUGGAAAAUAUGUAUUUUUUGUAUAUUCUACAGAGUUUAUUCUAGUAUGUAUUCACAUCUUGAAGAACAAGAAAUUGUUCUUUUGAUUAAACUAUAAAUAAAGUAUCUAAUUUUCAUAA